AUGAUCUGCAGCAAAGACGAUUGUGGCCGCGUACUGGGUCAGCCAUCUGUCCAGGAAGCGCAUCUCAGCAGUGAAAUGCAACUUGCCGUCAACUACAUGUUACUGAGCGCCUGCUUCUUGGUUAUGACAACAUUCUUUAACCUUAAAAUCAUUGACCAAGUGGACCAGAUACCACGUGGAAAGGUAACGAGUGGACAUAGAGCCUACCAGCUGUAA